UGUCCCCCUGGGGUAAUUACCUGGCACUGAGUUAUUAUCCAAAGAUCUGCUGUAUCCUGUAUCCCUGCUGACCUCCUGAAGUAUCCCUUGCACUGUGCGAUUGCCUAUUUAUUUUCUGUUUUCUGUAUUCCACAGUCCAUCUGAGGUGACAGUAUCUGCUACAUUGUCCCAUGGCCCAGUGCUCUGUCAGUAUACUGUAGUGAACUGCAGACAACUCUCGCUAAUAGUGAUAUCCUUGGUCCUUUAUGAAUAAAAAACGGAUGAUACAUUUAGAUUACAAUUUGCAAAUGGAGGUUCCCACUCUGUUCCUCUUACUGUCCUUUGCUGAAAUCACUGCAGCUGCCUUCAAAAUCUGUGCCUUUAAUAUAAAAAGUUUUGGAGAAGCAAAAGCCUCAAACAAAAAAGUGAUGAGCAGUUUGGUAAAGAUCUUGUCACGUUGCGAUAUAUCUGUCAUCCAAGAAGUUCGAGACUCUAAAGGAGAAGCCAUCCCUGCCCUGGUAAAGGAACUUAACAGGUAUGAUAAUUCCCAUUUGUACAUGCACUUGGACAGUAAAAGGCUGGGGAAAAAUAGCUACAAGGAGCAGUAUGUCUUUAUCUAUAGGGCUGACGUGGUGGAAGUCAUUGACAGCUAUCAAUAUGUGGAGGAUCAUCCAGAUCACCCAGAAGUCUUUGCAAGAGAACCGUUUACUGUGCGCUUCCAUUCACCAAAGACAGCAAUCAAGGACUUUGUGCUAAUAUCUCACCACACAUGUCCAAGGGACGCAGCCAGGGAGAUCAACAAGCUUCUUCUGGUGAUGCUGGAAGUGAAGAGUCGCUGGAAGAUAGAGAAUGUAAUGCUUCUUGGGGACCUGAAUGCAUCCUGUGGUUACGUAACGGUAGACGAAUGGAAGGAGAUUCAGAGAAGGAGCGCUAACCGCUUCCACUGGCUUAUUGGAGACAAGGAUGACACAACAGUCAGCCAGAAAACACACUGCGCCUACGAUCGGAUCGUGGUGCAUGGAGAAGAAUUUUUUAAGGCGAUCGUUCCAGCCACUGCAAAACCAUAUAAUUUCAAGAAGAAACUUGGUUUGUCAGAAGAAGAGGCAUUAGAAGUGAGUGAUCAUUUUCCUGUUGAAGUUAAUCUCCGAACAGACCCCAGAAUGGACCGAGAACUCUGAAAAUGGAUAUUAUCGCAGUGCUGUCCAACUGUAUAAUGUGAAAAGAAUGUGCCAACAAGCUAUUAGGGACUAUAUUAGGGACUACAAGGGCAUCUAUUUAAUUCCAACAGCCCCUUGUUCCCAUAACCGAAAUCUGACUGAUGUAAAGCAGGGGUUCAUACCUUAUAUUCUGCAUUAAUUAGAUAUAUUGUGUCUAUAUUUAUAGUGGAACAGCACCUGUCAAAAGCAAUAAAGCAAGAUCUUUCUAUUACAACUCUCAAGUCUAAAGCACUUCUAACCAUUGGCCAAGGAAGCCAUAUUUAAAUUAUGGAACAAAUGACACUUUGCACUGGGACAUUGUGGGACUUCUGUUUCACAUGAGUGCGUGAUUGGACACUA